AGAAAGGUAGAAGACGGACGAACAGCAGUCGCUUUAUUCAACAUUAUCUAUUAAGCUCAUAAUAAUCAUCCUUUUUGAAAAUGGUGAACUGUGGAACCCUGCUGAAGAGUGCGCUGGUCGCCAUCGUGAUUGUGGCUCUGGCUGAUACUGGAUCAGCUGCUGAGAAGCUUGCAUCCUGCUGUGAGUCAGUCACCAGACAGGUGAUAACCGAACCGAUCUUGGGAUACUUGGUCCAGAGACGUAACCCUCCAUGUGUCCAAGCAGUCAUCUUUCAGACAGAAAAAGGUCUAUUCUGCAGCCAGCUGACCGCUCCCUGGGUUCGCAGCAAGAUUGUGGCAUUUGAGAAAGCAAAAGCUAAAGCUACUCGUUCAUCUGUGGUCUCCACGACUCCUGUCUCCCUGCUCUCCAUCAUCACAUCCACUGCCUCUCCUUCUUCACCAUCCUCCUCCUCCACCUCCACCUCCACUUCCUUCUCCUCCUCCUCCUCCUCCUCCUCCUCCCCCUCCUCCUCCUUCACGUCCCAGAGGCCUGUUGAUGAAACCUUUUCAGCCAAGUAUGAAGAUUAGGCUGCCUUCCUCUCCACCUCCAGUCAAUGAAAACAACGACCAAAUUUUGUCAAAAAGGUUCACGAUUAUGGUCUCAACAUUGAUAUAAACAAAUGUUUGAAGUUACACAAAUUAUCACUUUAAGUUCAUAUAUAUAGUUUCUUUUAAUGCCUUUGGAGUAGAAGUAUUUAUUAAUUUAAUUUAAUUGACCAGUGACGUUACAAGUAUUCAUUUAUUUAUUACCAAAUGUAUUUAUCAUUGUUUACAAGUUACUGUAUACAACUUAAUGGAGUUGUGUCAUAAAUUAUCUCUGCUAAAUGUUUUUGUUAUUACUACAUAACAUUUUAGUGUUAAGAAAUUAUCGUCAAAAUGUUUUGAACUAUUUAUUUAUUUGAAACUUUAUGUGAACUUGUGCAACCAUGACAACAUUGUUCAUAAAUAAAAUGUUCAUUGUAUGAACUUACAUCCAGUGUUAAUCUGCAUAUUAUUUGAUCUCUGUCUGA